AUGGCAGCCAGAAGUUCUCCUAGAAUGAAGCAUCUCUCCCUUCGAUUCAGUGUCUUCGAGCUUGCGGCCGACAUUGGACUCGAGACGACGGCACUCGAUGGUAAAUUUGACCCAAUCGUCGAAGAAGACGAACGCGAGCCGUCGAGCGCUGAUAGACAGCGUCAGACUCAUUCUUCAGACGAGCUCGCAGACUCUCCAUUCCCGCUAACACCCCCGAGCUCCAACGAUGCCUUGUCUGCAAUCCAGCCCCUCGCGCUCGGUCAAAAGCGUCAGGAGGAACGUCCUCGGUUUAUCGAACGAUUUCCCUCACCGUCUCCGGAACUCGUCUCGACCACACCCACACCGCGCACGCCGCCUGCCAAGCUCCGAAAGACCUACACCCCGACCGCAGGCACUCCCAUAUCCGAACCACUACGUUUGGACUAUAACACUGAUGGCGAACGAGAUCGUCCUAAGCGAAAGGAAAAUGGCAAGAAAAAGGACCGCGAUGACGAAAGGGAGAAGCAGCGGCAGGUACAGACCGACGUAGACGAAGAAAAAAAGUUGCUCGGUGGCUUGCUCCGUUUCAGAGCACGCUCAAAGGAACGGAAAACAGCUGCAAAACAGGCUGUUCAGCCAGUCCCUCUUCCGCCGCCGCCAGAGACGAUGCCCGUGAAACCACAUACACCGCCCCCUCUUCCAAUUGCCGAGCGCUUUGUUCGCCCGAAGGAUGAGAUUUCGUUUAGAACAAAGCCUCGAGAAUCGGGCUCGAGUCAUGGUGGAAGCACGAGUGUCGGGCAUGGAAGUGCCACCAGCCACGCAGAAAGUUCAGACGCCCAUGAGCCAUACAUUCGGCCCCGGGAUCGUUCUUCUCGCUAUGAACGACCGCAUCCUGCAUGGAGGACUGCACCGUCGUCCUUGGGAAAUGUUGGCCUGGCCUCAGCUCGAGGUGCCAUCGUCGAGGCUCCUCUUCCAAAGGAGAUACACGCCUUUCCUCCCGGCCAGUCGAUAUUUGAUCGGGAACCAGUCAAACCCAAUGUUCGUCGCAAUAAUUCAACAGAGUCUGAAGAUGGCAAGACCCCCACCGUUGACAUGGAUAUGGUGAAUCGAUACUAUGGGAUAACAUCCGCCGAACCUCAAACUUCAGCCACCGUUCCAUCUGUUCCGAGCCCUCAAUCGAGAUUUGCACUCGCACAAGCAUUGUCGCCGAUCGAGACAAAGCCUACACCACAUGAGGGGGCAUUGCGACCGUCUCCAGCCCCGACGACGCCGCAGCUACCUGCCUCUCCCUCGCCGUACAUCGUACCCUCGCCAAAUCCAGGCCAGACAGAUUUUGGUGCGCAACUUCGAGCGAAACGCGGACGGAUGAACAUUCCCCCGCCCAUGGAUCCCAUUCUUGUCCCUCCGAAACGGCUGAUGGGAGCAUUCAAUCCGCCACCCACACCUCCUCCCACUACGGAGCUUCCCCCGAUACCAACAGAACUCUCCGUACCGCAGGUUGCCUCUGGUCGAACUGGUUUGCAACGGCCCCUUGGAUCACCUCAGCCAAUGGUCCUGCCUCCGUCUGCCGCUGGUGGACUCCGCCCUGGUCAACCGACGUCACCGUUGGGAAUGCGCUCUUCUAGUCCAAGUUUGAGACCGGAGCCGUCUCGUCUGUCACCAUACCCAGAGCGACCAGGCACCGCACCCCAGGAAGGCGGACCCCCUGCGCGCGCAGCAUCUCCUAUGCUCAGGGGACGUGCGCCAGCAUUCCCUACGCGCCCUGUUACGCCAACCAGGGCUCCUCCUGCUCAGCAGCAGUACCGACCGGUGUCGCCAGUUCAGACGCGACCUGCACAGCGUCCGGCCUAUAGCCCAAACCCAAGUUCUGGUCCAGGAAAUGGAUUUUUAAUCAACCGAAGACCGGAAUAUGAUGUCACAGCUUUGAACCGAAAUCGCACGACAUCCCUGGACGAAAACGAGGGCCCAACGCGACCCGCUGUGAGACAAAGGCAACCAUUUAUCCAACAGCAGCCGACAUAUCCGUCCCAAGCGGACCUCUUCUCGCCGCAGCAGCAGCAGCAGCAGGAAUCGUCGUAUGGAUCGAGGACGACGCCCCCUCCUACUCGUAAACGUUCGGUCCGAAAGACGGCUGCGAAUCAAUCUGGGUACGAUUCGGAUGACUCGCGGUACUCGCGGCAUUCGCGCGACACAUACUAUGGUCGUGAUACAGUCUACUACGAUGACCAGAAUAUGCCGCCGUUACCGGGAAGUAAUGUCCCUCCGCUACCACAACGGGACUUUAGCAACAUGGAAAAAGAACGUCAGGCUGGUCGGGAGAGACUUGUGCGAAUGCUUGCAAAUCGCGAGAUAUAG